UCUGGCCCGUGCGGUGAUCAGUGGCCGGCCUGGAGGAGCGCGUGGACCGGCGGGCGGCGGCAAGCAGUGGGCCAGCGCCUUUACCAUGGCCUUGACCCUGUUUGUUUUGCUUCAUUGCCACACCUCACAAAUGAGGGAAAUCACCCAGCACCCGUCACUCUCUACCCGACCCACCCCACCGAGCACAACACCCACCAGCUCCAUCCAUGCUGCCAUAAAUGAUGCAGAUGAAUAUAGACCUCCUGUUUGGAAAUCUUACUUGUAUCAGCUGCAACAGGAAGCUCCUCAUCCUAGAAGAGUUACCUGUACUAAUGAGGUAGAAAACAGACCAAAGUAUUAUGGAAGAGAGUUUCACGGCAUGAUCUCCCGAGAAGUAGCAGACCAGCUCUUGAGUGUGGCUGAGGGGAGCUACCUCAUUCGAGAGAGCCAGCGUCAGCCAGGAACCUACACUUUGGCUCUAAGAUUUGGAAGUCAAACCAGAAACUUCAGGCUCUACUACGAUGGCAAGCACUUUGUUGGGGAGAAGCGUUUUGAGUCCAUCCACGAUCUGGUGACUGAUGGAUUGAUUACUCUCUAUAUUGAAACCAAGGCAGCAGAAUACAUUGCCAAGAUGACGAUAAACCCAAUUUAUGAGCACAUAGGAUACACAACCUUAAGCAGAGAGCCAGCAUACCAAAAACAUAUGCCAGUCCUGAAAGAGACACAUGAUGAGAGAGAGUCUACAGGCCAGGAUGGGGUAUCAGAGAAAAGGUUGACAUCACUUGUUAGAAGAGCAACUCUGAAAGAAAAUGAGCAAAUUCCAAAAUAUGAAAAGGUUCACAAUUUCAAGGUCCACACAUUCAGAGGGCCACACUGGUGUGAGUACUGUGCCAACUUCAUGUGGGGCCUCAUUGCUCAAGGAGUAAAGUGUGCAGAUUGUGGUUUGAAUGUUCAUAAGCAGUGUUCCAAGAUGGUUCCAAACGACUGUAAGCCAGACUUGAAACAUGUCAAAAAAGUGUACAGCUGUGACCUCACAACACUUGUAAAAGCUCAUAUCACUAAGCGGCCAAUGGUGGUGGACAUGUGCAUCAGGGAAAUUGAAUCCAGAGGCCUUAACUCUGAAGGGCUGUACCGAGUAUCAGGAUUCAGUGACCUAAUUGAAGAUGUCAAGAUGGCUUUUGACAGAGAUGGUGAGAAAGCAGAUAUUUCUGUUAACAUGUAUGAAGAUAUCAACAUUAUCACUGGUGCACUGAAACUGUACUUCAGGGAUUUACCAAUUCCGCUCAUCACAUAUGAUGCCUACCCCAAGUUUAUAGAGUCGGCCAAAAUUAUGGAUCCCGAUGAGCAGUUAGAAACCCUCCACAAUGCACUGAAGCUUCUGCCGCCUGCUCACUGCGAAACCCUCCGGUACCUCAUGGCUCAUCUGAAGAGAGUGACCCUCCACGAGAAGGAGAACCUUAUGAACGCAGAGAACCUUGGAAUUGUUUUUGGCCCAACCCUUAUGAGAUCUCCAGAACUAGACGCAAUGGCUGCAUUGAAUGAUAUACGGUAUCAGAGACUGGUGGUAGAGCUGCUUAUCAAAAAUGAAGACAUAUUAUUUUAAAUGUUUUGGAAGGAAAAAAAUGUUUUACAGAUGAAGGAAUGUUUUAUAGUAAUUUAAUUGGCUUAGUGGGAUUAUCUCUUGGCUAGAAGUUUAGGCAUAUAACCAGAUUAAAAUGAAGGAACUUCUCAUUGUUUUUGUAGCACUGCUAAGCUGUCCUUGUAAAACAGUGAACAAAUGCUUUCCCUUCUAGUAAUCCUGGGUGUUUAUCAUGUUAAGAGAAACUCAGGCUAUUGCAUGAUUAGCCCCCUGUCUGGCGAGAGAACCCCAUGCAAAGGAGACAGCAAGCCUGCAGCACUUCAUCCUGGGUGGUCUGUGGUGGUGAUUCAGCAUGUUUCACAGAGUGAAUCUGUCGUGACUUCGCUUUUGUUUCCAUGCCAUUGGUUUCUGCUGCUUAUAUAAGCAUGCACUCAACUGAAUAAAACAGUACCUCUGGCUGCUGCUGCAUUGCCGUAGACUAUAACAUAUGCCUACUUCUUUCAAAUGCUUUAUUUCUGGUUUCUCUUAGUUCUCUAACAUAGUAUUUCCUUUCCAGCAAAAAAGCAAAGUGUGUUUUCAGAUUUGUUACUUCAGUAAAUUAUCCAUGCCAAUAAAAAAGUACAAUGCGGAA